GUUAGCUGUUCUUGGUUGCCUCAGCUUCGUCAAUGAUGGAACAAAGUCCAUUCUUUGGUUCCGAGUCUUUCAGAAGCUCACUACAGAACUCGUGAAGGAUAAUGGGUUAUGGUUAUCUGAUUUUGCUGCUUCUUAUCAAUACACCGGUUCCUUUUUCUUCUGGUAAACCUGAUAGAGUGUGCAUUUCCCAAGGUAGUCGUUUUCCUCCAUUCUCUUCUGAGGGAAAGCCUCCAAAACGGGUCAGCAAGGGACCGAAAGAUCUGACUCUUUGCAGGGUGUUCCGCAAAAAAACUUGUUGUGAUGUAGCCCAGACACAUCCUGCGCUGCUAGCCAUUAGGAAGUUGGCUUCGGCAGGGGAAGCAAACUCAGAGUGCUUGCAAUUAUGGGAAUUAUUGGAAUGUUCUAUCUGUGAUCCCCGCAUUGGUGUGCAGCCAGGACCUCCAGUUAUAUGUGCCUCUUUCUGUGACAGGGUCUUCAAUGCUUGUUCUGGGGCUUACUACUCAACAGAUGCAAUUACACAGGUUCUAGCACCCUGUGGAGUAAACGAUUAUGUUUGUGGUAAGGCCUCGGAGUGGAUUCUUAAUGGCACAGAGUUCUGCCAUGCUGCAGGGUUUGCUGUUAAGGGUGAUAUGUCUGAGAGCCUGGAAGAAACAUUUUGCUAUGGUGGUAAAGCUAGUCUUGAUUUGAUUGCGGAUUCAUGGAAGGUUUCACAAUCUGAGGUGCCCCGGAAAGUUCAGAGCUUGAGGCUGCUAGAGGAUUUCCAGCAGAGAGUGAGGGAAAUGCCAUAUAACGAACGAGUUUCUUGGGCUGUGGGAGGAUUGGUUCUUACAGCAGGCCUGUUGUUUGUAAGCAGAAGGAAAGGUUAUAACCAGCGCCACAGACAAGCCGCUUUACAGCGUACCACUAAGAAACUAGAAGCCAAGAUGUACCCGAAAUCUACUGAUAGUCAUGGAAAUAGGAAAGUAAGUAAAAGAUGAAUAUGAAUAUCAUGUCAAUUUACUUGAGAUGUAUCAAUAUAUUGUUCCAAGUAUGGUUUGCUUUUUGUUCU